GGCAGGGGAGACCCCUGUGUGGGGGAGGUGGUGUGGGGGAGGCGGUGAAGGCAGGGUCUGAGGCUCGCAGUGGCCCUCAGUGCCUGCCGAGCCCUCCUCUCUGCCUGAGCGUCACUGCGUGUGUGGGUCAGGUCCCAACCGAGAGCGUCUCCCCGGCAGCUGGCCAGUUCCCCCGGCUCAGCCUGCAUUUCCACCUCCGGAGGAACCGAGGCGUCUACAUCAUCCAGUCCUACGUGCCCUCCAUCCUCCUAGUCGCCAUGUCCUGGGUCUCCUUCUGGAUCAGCCAGGCGGCAGUGCCGGCCAGGGUGUCUCUAGGUAUCACUACGGUGCUGACCAUGACCACGCUGAUGGUCAGCGCCCGCUCCUCCCUCCCGCGGGCCUCGGCCAUCAAGGCGCUGGACGUGUACUUCUGGAUCUGCUACGUCUUUGUGUUCGCCGCAUUGGUGGAGUAUGCCUUUGCGCAUUUCAAUGCUGACUACCGGAAGAAGCAAAAGGCCAAGGUCAAGGUCAAGGAGCAGAAAGCAGAGGUGAGGCGGAGCCUGUUGGCUCUCUG